CUUGCUCGUCGCCGUUGGACCGCCGCCGCCGUCGCGCGCGAUAGAUGGUCCAGCUGCUGCUCGCGUCGCCGCGGGGCAACUCGGCCCGCGCGUUCCCCUACCAGGGCCUCCUCGGCCUCACCCCCGUCCGCGUCGAAGGCCUGGUCCGCACCGUCGUGGGCGACGACCGCAAGCCCGUGCCCGCCAAGUCGCUCGUCGUCGCCGUGCGCUGCGUCGAGCAGCGCAUCGGCAAGCGCGGCGUGCUCCAGACGAACGUCCUCGCCGAACACGCGACCACACUUUGGGCCGCCCCCGCCGGUGUCCCGCUCGCCGACCUCGGCGACGGCGACUACCCCUUUCGCAUCGUCCUCCCCGCGUCCACGCGCGCGCCGAGCGCGAUGAACUUUCACGACUACCGCGUCGGGUGGAAGAUCGAAGCCACGCUCACGCACGCCCCACUCACGGGGCUCGGCUCGCGCCAGAUCAAGUCGUUCGACCUCCACCUCGUCCGCCACGACGUGCCCUCGCCUCUGCCGCGCCUUCCCUCCGCCUCGGCGCGCUCGCCCUCCUCUCUCUCCGUCGCCUCCUCCGACUCGCAGCAACACGCCCCUCGACAGCCCGUCCCGCCCCUGCUCGACACCGCGCGCUCGCCCAAGACGCGCGCCGCGCUGCUCCGCUACCGCCUCGCCGUGCCCGCCGCCGCGAUCGGCCCGAACGACCUGCUCUCCGUCCCGCUCUUCGUCCAAUGCGCCGACCCCGCCGCCCGCAUCCGGAGCGUGUCCGUCACCGUCGAGCGCCGUAUCGAGACGAAGGGCGCCUCCUCGUCCUCUUCCGGCUCGGGCUCGGGCUCGGCGUCCACCCCGUCGCCGUUCGACGACCCGGACCCGGACCACCUCCGCUCGACCGCCACCGUCACCGGCUCGUCCUCCUCCACGCUCACCCUCUCCCCGCACACCUACCGCCACCACGGCGGCGGACGAUAUAGCAUGGACGACGCCGACGCCGACGAAGACGACGACGACGCCGCGUACACGCACGUCUCCUCGCACGAUCCGCUCUUGCCCGCCUCGCCGCCCUCGCCCGCGCAGCCGACGAGCAGCGCGACCACGACCUGCAUCUCCUCCGACUUUUCCGGCGACAAGUUCACCCGCAUCCCCGCCUCGUCGUCGUCGUCUUCUUCUGCUUAUUACUACCCGCCCCACCCGCCGACCUCGCCGUACUCGCCCACGUCGCCCUACUCGCCCUCCUCGUCGUACUCUUCUUCCUCGUCUUCCUCCUCGCCCUACAACAACAAUAACAACAACAACGGCGGCAGCGGGAACGCACCCUCCGACGUCUGGACCAAAACGCUCACCCUGCACUGGCCCGCGGCCAAAUCGAACGCGCGCUGGUCGCUGGGCGAAACGCUCCGGACCGACCUCUGCUCCGUCCGGUUCUUCCUCCGCGUCCGGCUCACGCUCGCCCUCCCGCCGGCGUCCUCGUCCUCCUUCGCCUCCGCCUCUUCCUCCGCGUCCUUCUCCUCCUCGUCGAGCGGUGCCGGUGGCGGUGCCGGUGGUGGAGGAGGAAUAGGAGGGAGCGCUGGCGCUGGUGGUGGUGGAGGGGAGUUGGAGACGGUCGAGCUGGACGUGGACGAGGCGGAGAGGGAGGUGUUGGUGGUGAGCACGAACGAGGCGGAGCGGCAGGUCGCGCUGGCGAGGUACGACGAGUGGGCGGCGAAGGUGAGGGAGAGGGCGAAGAGCAAGAGCCGGAGUCCGAGGCGGAAGAGGAGGGGGCGCGAGCGGUCGGAGCAGGCGGAGGUGGGGAAGGGAAAGGAGAGGGAGAGGGAGAGGGAGCCGAGCAGCUCGUCGAGCCACCGCACGGUGCCGUCGUCCCCGGUGCCGGACGGGGAGCACGAGAGGGGGGGAGGGGGAGGAGGAGGAGGAGAAGCGGCGCGCGUUGUGCAACCGCCGUCGCCGUCGCCGUCGUCGUUCUUUGCGCGGACGAUCCGGCCGAUGACGAGCCCGAAAAGCCUCAAAGAGGCCGCGUCGUCCUCGUCCUCGUCUGCCGGUGGCGGCGGCGGCGGCGGUCCGUUUAGUAGCGCGCGGUCGCCGCACCACAACGUGGACCCGUCCCCGCUCGCGUUCCCGCACCCCCAUUCGCCGGCGCCGUCCGCGUCCGCGUCCGGGACGACGAAACCGAAGACGGCGAAGACGCCCCGGCUGAAGCGGCCGCAUACGAGCGCGGGAGAGGCCGCGCGCGCUAAGGAUAAGGACGGCAACCACGGCGGCAACGGCGGCGGCGGCAGGGACAGGGACAGGUUGAGCACCCUGGACGCGCGGGCGUUUGGCGCGCCGGGCGGGAUGUCGCAUGGGUUUUAUUACGUGCCCGGGGCGGGCGACGUGCAUUCGUCGUCCGGCGGGAUCAGGUCGGGAGGGGCGGAGAGAAGUGGCAGCGGCGGUAGUAGCACGCCGCGCACGGUGGACGGACGGGACGUGAGGGCUUGGGAGGAGGAGUUGGCGAAGAUUGAGAACAAGAGCCGGAGGAGCAGUCGGAACAUGUUGGGGUUUGUGGGGAGGGCUGCGGAGCGGGUGUUGGGCGUGAGGUGAGGAUUGGUGAGGUGAGGAUCGGCGAGGCGACGAGAGCGAUCUGUCUGUUUGUUCGUUGUUCGUGUGUUUUCUUUUCGCUUGUCGAAUGGUGUGGUGGAUUCGUAUUUUUUGUUUUUGACUCCUUCCCUCCCUCCCCCCCUCUCUCUAUCUCCCUCUCUGGUGAUGGAGCAGAUUCGUACUCAUGCGUCGGUUCGUCGUUUGUUUUGUCAUUCGCGCCCGCGUUGUUGUUUGGUCGGUCGGUCAAUAGCUGUUUUCGAAGAAGC